AUGUGUCACACAGAUGUGUUUGCUCCCCUCUUUACCUCUUUAGCUCAGUACUUUGCCAGCACCAUGAUGAUCGUGGGGCUGUCUGUGGUGGUGACCGUCCUGGUUCUUCAGUUCCACCACCACGAUCCUCGGGGAGGGAAGAUGCCUAAAUGGGUGCGAGUCAUUCUCCUCAACUGGAUCGCUUGGUUCCUGCGCAUGAAAAAGCCCGGAGAGGAAAGCAAAACAUCCGGGAGCUCGAACUGCCCGCCGAACUACAAGUACUCCCACUCCCCCACCCACACCAGCACCAGCAGCAUCCAGAUGAACACCAUCCCUGGGCAGGCCUCAACUCAGACCACCUCCACCACCACUAACGGCAACAUGAACCUGUACUUCAGCUACCACUCCAUGGGCACGGACAACCCGGCCUUCCCCCCCAACGCGGACUCCUCGGGGGGGCUGAUGCUGUGCGGGAAUACCAGUGGAGGUGGAGGUGGUGGAAAUGGAAACCAGCCGGACGUUCAGACGCGGACGUUUGUGCUGGAGCACGUGCCGGAGAUCUCGCGCAUCCUGGAGGAGGUGCAGUUCAUCGCCAACCGCUUCCGGGAGCAGGACCAGGGCGAGGAGGUCUGCAGCGAGUGGAAGUUCGCGGCGGCCGUGGUGGACCGCCUGUGCCUGGUGGCCUUCUCGCUCUUCUCCAUCGUCUGCACCUUCACCAUCCUCAUGUCGGCGCCGAAUUUUAUCGAGGCAGUGUCCAAGGACUUCACAUAA